ACUGCUACAGGGCGGCAGGGGUGCGCAAAAUCAAGUUGUUAUCAGUAGGUUACUACCAGGGGCGGACUGACAACUCAUGGGGCCCCCGGGCAAUAGGGGAUCAUGUGGCCCCGUGUCCUUGCCCAAACUCAAAAAAGCCUAUGAAAAAGGUACCAGGGGCAUCUCAUGGGGCCCCCUACUGACUCCUGGCCCUCAGGCAGUGCCUGAGUUUCCAAGUGGUCAGUCCGCCCCUGGUUACUAC